AGUAAGACAACCUGUCCAAAAGUAUAAUUUAUAAUUCUAUGCAUAAUAACUUGAUAAUAUUGUAGUUGACCGUUGAAAUUAAUGUUUGGAUCUAUUCGUGACAGACAUAAAAAUUUCAUUUCAAAGAUUUUGACUUACUUGAUCUCUCGCUUUUUCACCAAUAACGAUAAACAUUGUUCUGUGUCCUGUGAUAACUCCAUUUUCAAUUAAAACACGGAUACGAUUAUCUAUUUUCUUGCGUACCAUUUUUAAUACGGUGGUUCUUUUUUAACCUAUAAUUUCAGAAACGUGUGAAUCGUGUGUACACUAGCUGCGUCCAUGCGGUUCUAACUGUACUGUAGCUUUUCAGAGCCAUAAUUAUAGAGAGAACACCUGCAACUUUGAUAACGGAUUUCAAGACAUAACCUUAACAUUGGUUUUGAAUGGAAUCGAAAUUAAGUAAUAAACGAAAACAUGGUUGAAGGAGUUCCAUCGCAAAUUGCUUCUUUGAAUCCAAAUAUGCCUGUAGUCUUAGCUUUUGGCAAUCCCUUGCUAGACGUUUAUGUACAUUUGAAAGACAAAGAAUUUUUGAGCAAAUAUGGUCUUGCAGAGUACGGAGAAGUUGAACUACCUCACAAAAAGAUUCAAGAGAUAUUAGCAUACUUACCACCAGAUUCAGAGAAGAGGAUUAGUGCUGGAGGAUCAGCACAAAAUUCAAUGCGAAUUUUGCAAUGGCUGUUUAGUAACACCUUGAAGAAUCAAUGUAGUAUAUAUUGCGGGGGUCUUGGAAAAGAUCCUAGAGGAGCAAUGUUGGAUACUUUAGUUCGCUCAGCAGGUGUGGAUGCCAGAUAUGCAUUACAUUCAUAUUUACCUACUGGACGUUGUAUAGCAUUGAUACAUGAAUCAUAUCGAUGUGUAGUUGCAAAUAUAGGUGCUGCUGGUGUAUAUACAUUAGAUGAUUUUAAGAAAAGCAAUAUACCAUUAGAUACCAUAAAAAUAAUUUAUAUUGAAGGAUUUUUUAUAACACACAGUUUUCCUGUUGCUAAGGAACUUGUUAAGAUAGCAGAAGAAAACAAUAUAAUUUUAGCCUUUAGUCUCAGUGGAUUAUAUAUAUUUAAGGAUCAUCAAGCAGCAAUUUGUCAGAUGGUUGGAUAUGCUAAUAUUGUGUUUGGUAAUGCAAGGCAAAUGAAAGCUUUGGCUCAAUCGCUAAACAUUGCAUAUGAUGAUGUGACUGACAUUCCACUUUUAUUGAAUAGUAUGAAAAGAAUUACAGUUAAUGCAUCUAGUACAACAAAUAGUGACUGGUUACAUCAGGGUGGAAUAUUUGUUAUGACUCAAGGGGACUCUGCUCCAGCAAUUGGAGUCUGGGGAAAAGGAGAGUUUGUUCAAGUGCAUCCUAUCAAGCCAAAUGCCCCAGUUGUAGAUACAACAGGUGCUGGAGAUUCUUUGGUAGCUGGUUUUUUGGCAGGUGUUUUGGCACAGUGGAAACCACAACAAUGUUUGGAAUAUGGUUGUAGAGUGGCUUCUUUUAUGGUUACAAGACUUGGGGUUACAUUACCAGCUAAAGUGCCAGCAGAUUUAAUAUUGUAUAAUAUAAACACGUGAUGCAAUACUUAACUAAUUUUUAUUCGGAAUUUUAGGGAAGAAAUCAUUGUGAUAAAGAGAUGUAAGAUCGUCUAUCUGUAUGUGUCUAUAUGUCGACUUAUGCGCUCAAUUAUGUGAUUAUUACAAAGAGAGAUUUUAAUUUAUGCAAUGUUAUAUAAAUGUUAGAUAUAUGAUAUUUAUAAGUAAUAAUUAAUGUAUUUUUGUGACAAAGGUAUAUAUAUAUAUUUAUUGAAUCCAUUAGUUAGUAGGUAUUAAUGAUCAAGAAUAAAUCAGAUGAUGAAGGAUA